AAAUGUUUCAAAGUUACUUGCAGGAUGCGGCUUGUAAUUCUCUUAGCUGUUGUAGUGGUCAGCGCUUUAGGCGCUCCUCAAGCAAAAUCGUCACCAAAUGAAGUAGGAACUAGAACCAGAGAAGGUUUCUUAAACGGUGGAAAAUGGAGAUGUACUUGGCAUUUGAGUGGUUUUUCCUGUAGAGACGGAGAUUUUCAUUGCCCAUGUGCUAACGGACAUCAAGGAUCUAAUAAAAUUGGCUGCUGUUACAAAUUUCCAAGAUGCGGUGAAAUUUGCAACAAAAAUACCAACUGCGACAGAUAUAAAAACUGUCAUUCCUGCAGAAAUAAUGUUGGUGAACACGAUAAAGUAAACGUCUGCAAUACCUGCAAACCUGGUUGGGCUCUAGGUGCUGGAAAUUGUCAUCAAGAUAUUGAUGAAUGUUUAUCUCAAAAUGGUAAAUGUGAUCAUAAAUGUCACAAUACUCCUGGAUCAUACCAUUGUACCUGUAAUGAUGGUUACAAGCUUGGAGAAGAUAAACACAGUUGCGAAAGACUUAGCUGUGGAGACCCAGGUCCAUUGGCAAACGGUGCUGUUCAAGCUACUGACAACUGGAUGCACGACAGUUUUGCCAAAUAUUCCUGUCAGGGAAAAGGUGUUCUAGUUGGUUACGCCCAAAGAAAAUGUCUCGGACAAGGAAGUUCUGUUUCAUGGCAAGGAAGCGCUCCUGUCUGCAGAGACAAAUGUGAAAUACCUGGUGAAAUUCGUCGUGGAUGCGGUCCUCUUGGAAUAACAGAGGAAGGAUGUCAACAAUACGGUUGCUGCUACAAAACAGAUCCUAAUCCAGCUGUACCGAAAUGCUACCAUACUCCAGAUCCCGCAUUUAUAAAAUUUGGAGGAAUAAAACCAAAGCCCAACCAUGGUAAUGGCUUCUAUAGUCAACCAGAAUCGACCGUAGAAGGCUGUAACUUUGAUUGUCAAUUUGCUAACAAUCUUCAAUGUAAAUCAUUCGGUAUGCGUAAAACUGGAGAAUCAACACCUGCUAAUAUUAUUCAUCAUAAUUGCCAUCUUCAAACAAAAUCCGUCAGCCAAUUCAAUACGUCUAAUGAACUCGAAGCAGAUCCCAAUUACGAUUUAUACGAAAUUACUAGAGAUGAUUUUGUUACUCAAUCCCAAAAAUCUAAUACUGUUGAACACAUGUUUGAAGGAUGUUUUAAAGAAGAUACUAACAAGCUCGAUUUUGAAGAUCAUAUUUGGACAAGCACAAAUAGAGUAACCAUUCAGCACUGUAUAAAAGACUGUAGAGAUCACGGUUACAGCUAUGCAGCUCUUCGUGGUGGAAAUAUGUGCUCUUGCACCAAUAAUAAACAUAGAUUUCAUGGAACAAGCACAGAGUGUAAUAUAAAAUGUAGCCAAAACGAGGAACAAAUCUGUGGUGGUACAUCGUCUAAUUCUGUAUAUGCUGUUGAUGUUAACAGAAAUUUCAUUGGAUGCUUCAGUGACAUUGGAAAUGACAGAGAUUUGUCAAAUAAAAGAUGGGAUGUAGAUGCUGGCAAAUCAGCUUUUGAUUGUGUCCAAAAAUGUAAAUACGACGGAUUCUUGUUCGCUGGUGUUCAAAAUGGUGGUGCUUGUUAUUGCGGUAAUUCGUACGGUAGACACGGAGCAGCAUCUGGCGAAGACAAAUGCUCGUCAAAAUGCAAGGGAUGGCAUUUGGAAAACUGCGGUGCUCGAUUACAAAACGCAAUCUAUAAUACAGAAAAACCAUUUGAAUAUAAAAGUCCAGCAAUUAGCAAAGAGGCUACAAGAAUAUUUAUCGAAGAUGCUACUGGUAUCCCAACAAAGAUUUUCUCUGAUUUCCCUCUAUUGAAAACUGUAGUUAGUAAAAGAUUGAUCAUCGACGCUGGUGAAGCACCAGCUAUCCCUCUUACCGAUCCUGAAUGUGCAGAAGAUUGUUACAAACCUUGCGGAAAUAUUUAUCAACCAGAAGGUCUUAUCGAAACUGGAGAGCAUGUAACAGUUAGAUACCUUUUCUUAGAUUUAGCUACUUUGCCAACCAUUGUUAGAGAAAUGAAUGGAAAAUCUUCGGCGAAAAGCGUAAAAGUUUACGCUCAAACUGUUCUAAUUAAUCAAGAUGUUGAAGUUGAUUUCGCACUUAUGAUCAAGGCUAGACAAAUUCUAUUGGAUCGCUCUAAGGCACAAAAAAUCACCGUUCGUACUGCAUCGGAACCCUUCAAAUUUGAUCUUAGCAAAGCAGUACAUGAUGGUGCCCCUACCGAUACUUUCUUCUACAAACAAAGCUACAUGUGCGCUAGAAUCCUUAUCGAAACAAAAGAAAAGAAGCAUAAGAAUAUUGCUUGGAAGAUUAUACAAGGAAUCGUUGACGACUCUCCAGCCGCUAUAAGUAAAGAAGAUAAAAAGUAUAUUGAAGCUGUCAGAGGAUUUAGAACAGAGAUGAGAGGAAUCCAAAGAGAAGAUGUUCAUUUCGUUCCUUUUUAUACCAAAACCUAUAUGGCUGAAAUAUUGAAGAACUAUUAUGAAAAAAUUACCAUUUACAAAGCAGAUUUCGACCGUCUAUCCACAACCGAAGGAGCAGCUUUCGUCUCAGCCGUUGAAGGUAUGUUGAGAAUUAAUGUCAACACCGAUAUUGCUGAAGCCCGAUCCAGUUUUGAAGCAUCUAUAAAUGCUCUAACUAGAUCUAAUUUGACUUUUGUUCGUAUUACCCAACACUAUGGUUAUGCUAGAACUAGAUUGGAAACUGCUAGAGUAGAUUUUGAAAAUGGAAUCAAGGAACAACAAGGCUGGGCCAUAGCCGGUGCAGUUUUGGGUUUUGUUAAAGGAAUUGUUGGAGUUGUUUUCGGCGCCGUAUCAAUCAAGGUUGAUCCAAUAGGUGGCCUAGACCAAGUUAUAUCAAAUGUUCAAGAGAUGAUUGAAACAAUGAAGAAUUUGGCUGCUAGUAUGGCUCAAAUCAAUGCGUUUAUGGAGACGAUAGAUAUCGCUAUGCGCGAAUUGGAGGAUUUGGAAGGGGAAUAUGAUUUCUCUAGAUAUAUGCAUUCUAUCGAAAUGACCGCUCAACUUAGAGUAAAUAUCAUUAAAUGGAAAAACCUUAGAAAUUCUGCCAACACUCUUCUCACUAGUCCAUCUAUUGUCAAUGUUAGAGGUUCCGCAAAUUAUAGAAGAAGAUUUUUGGAUCUUAGCAAUUGGGGUGAAGCUCUUACCAAGACCGCUGUAGAAAGAGCCGAAAUGGUUAGACAAGCUCUCCGUAAAAGAAUGCUUUUGGAGUCUAAACAGGAACAAGCCAAGAGAUAUGAAAAAUAUGUUGAAGACUUGAAAAAGGGAAUUUUAUCCAACAUAGCUGUUAGAGCUUUUAUGGCCCAACAAACUUACGAUAUUCGUCUUGAUCUUAACGAGGCUUUGAUCACCUUCUGCAGAGCGUUCUUUUACGAAAAUCUUGGAAACUGUAGAGCUCACUAUAGACCACAAUUCGGUGGAUCUCUCUCCGAUCUCCUUCUCAGAAUCAACGCAGCUAGAAGAGAUGCCCUAUUUCUUCCCGACGCUCCAUCAACCGUGAGGAGAGAAAUUGUGAUAAAGGACACCGAUAAUGAUCCAGAUUGUACUGAUUCCGAAGCAUGCCCUUUGAACUACUUAAAGAAGAACAGACAAAUCAUUUGGACACUUCCAACCAAUCACCAAGCUAUUUCAGAUUUAUUUAAAUAUAGAGUCGCUGAAAUCAGACUAAAUUUUGUUGGUGCGAAGAAAACUGGUCAAAACUCUAAAUUGAAGGUUCAAAUCGAAAGUAGCGGUGACUUUAAAGGACGCUCGAAGGAUGCUAGCUAUAAUUUUAUAACAAGAGCUCUAAGAUUGACAUACGAAUAUGAUUUGGAUACUUCUGAAAUUUCUAUCCAUGCCGAUGUCUACAGACCAUUUAGAAAUAUUGUUAGUCAUAUAACUCCUUAUACAACAUGGAUCCUGAGAAUAUCCGAUGAUAGAAGUCGUGAUAUAGACCUUUCAGAAGUAACAGAAUUAAGAAUGAGACUCGACGGAAGUGCUGUUGAUGGUGAAAAUAAGAAGUUUAUGCAGUCACAAAAUUAACUAGCAUAUAUAUCUUCAUAAUCCAAUAAUUAUUACGUUCCACUUGUAAAAGUAUAAUAAAUAUCCAUUUAAUUGCUGCAAAAAACAAAAUAACAUAUAGAAAGAGCAACAACGCAUAAUAACAAGUUUAUUAAUAAUAAUCAUAUUAAUAAUAAUCAUCAUCAUUAUCGUCAUUUGUCCGUUUGAAACUAUUUUUGUUAUUAAGAAGAAAAAUCCUUUGGGUAGUUUAUUUCUAUUAUUUAUCUCUACUUUCAAAUAAAAAGAAGAGAAAUCUUCAUUAAAGUUUGCCAGAAAAGAAAGAGGAACGGGUAUAUAAUGUUUAUAAUACAGUAUAUAUACAGUAUAUAUAUUAAAUCUAUAUAUAUAUUUAUUACAAAUUGCAUAAAAAACAUCUCAUUUUUGUUUAUAUAAGAAAUAAUAAAGUCUUUUCUUUUAACAAUUUUAUUAA